AACAGGAAGUGAGAAUAAGAACACAAGCAGAAGCAGAAGGGUCGCUGCACUUAUGAGCUGUUUGAAUGGAGGCGACUGUUUAUUAGGUAUUAAUGAAUAGACCUAAUAGGCUACAUAACUUAAUGAAGCACAAAAUGUGCCAAAGCUAAUUGUAGAUAAAUUCCUUUAAUGACUCAAACCUCAAGUGCAAACCCUGAUCCACCUUUAUUUUAAUGGACAGAGGAAGAAGAGGAAGAAGAGGUAAAGAAGAGCAGGACAGAGAUGUCCGUCUGUCCAAAUCAAUGUCUUAUGUGCUUCGUCAUGGAGCUGCAAAGAUGGGGCUUCAACUGGCCACAGAUGGUUUCCUGUACGUGGAGGACCUCUUGUCUCACCCCCAGUUUCACAUGUACACAUCAGAUGACAUCGAAAGAGUCGUUGCUACAAACGAAAAGCAACGCUUUAAGCUCCGCUCCCACCCGGACGAUGGCCGGCUGCAGAUUAGAGCCAAUCAGGGACAUUCUGUACAGGUAAUGGAUCUGGAGCUAAAACCAGUCCUAGCCGGUUCUCUGGACUGCCCCACUGAAGCCGUUCAUGGCUCCUACCUCCGCAACUGGGUGUCCAUUCAACAACAUGGUCUGAGCCGCAUGAAUAGGACUCACAUUCACCUGGCGCCUGGCCUUCCAGGGGAAGAUGGCGUCAUAAGCGGCAUGCGGAAAAACUGUGAUCUGGCUGUGUUUAUUGAUGUCCCCAGAGCACUGGCUGAUGGUAUUGAGUUCUUCUGGUCAGAGAAUAACGUGUUGCUGACUCCAGGUGAUUCUGAGGGUAAACUCCUUCCCAAAUACUUCACACGAGCCCUGAGACUCAGGCCUACAAGGAGCGUCCUUCCCCUGCAGUAAAGGCUGCAGAGCUUGAAGCUUGAUCUUCUAACCAAGCACAAGCCCACUUUUGCUAUAUUUUGUUCUUGGUCUCCAUGGUUACACCAGUUUUGCUGCUCUUUGUAAUGACACUAUGGUGCACAUGAGAAACCUUUAUUUAUUUUCAUUAUAAACACUACAGUGCCAUGGUUAAUAAUUCAUGUUGCAUUAGCUUUUUCAUAUUACAGCCACAAAUUCUAAUAUAUUGUACUUGGGUUUAAUGUGAGAAAGCAAAGAAGCCAAUCAGAAUCAGACAUACUUUAAUAAUCCCAGAGGGAAAUUAGUUAUUAUGAGGUGGAGGGUAUAUAGUAUAUAUAUAUUUUUAUUGCAAAUAAUCAGAAAGAUGUGGCAUGUAUCUGUAUUCAGCCUUUAACACCCCUAAAGUAAAUCAAUUCUACCUAUGCCCUUUAGAUGUGGCAGAAAUCUUGCCUUUGUGAAAGAGAAGCAGGAAGAGAGUCUUUUUUGAAACAGCAAACGCACAAAAUAAUUAACUCCAGACUUACAAGACGAAAGUUUUGAGUUACAUAUACAAAAUAGUAGCUUAUGAUGCACGGUGGUGGCAGCAUAGGCUGUGGGAAAGCUUUGUUCAGCAGGGAGAAGAAACCUGGUUAUCUAUGAUAAGGAUGGGGGGAGUAAGAAAACAAAGAAUAUUGUUAAAGGCUGCAAAACAUUUGAUAUUAGGGCGGAUGUUAACGAUUUAUAGGACAGUGACCUUAAACAUGCAGCCAAGGAAUGGACUGGAUCACAUAUUCAUGGUGAAGAAGGGUCUAGUCAAAGGUCUGACCCAAAUCCAGUUGCUCAUCUGACGGAAGACAGAGGAGAAUCCGUUCCUCACAAAGGUUUUUUUUUUUUAAUCCAGCCUGACUGAGCUGUAGCUGUUUUUUUUUUUUUUGUUUGUUUUAAAGGAGAAUUGGCAAAUAUUUCCGUCUGUUGAUAUGCAACUCAGGUAAAGGCAUAACCCCAAAAGACUUGUAGCUGAAAUUGUAGCAAAUGGUAUCAGAUGCUAAUUGGAAGACAGUAGUGUCUAAAAUGUUGAAAACCAUGUGUCAUUUUACUUCAACAUCACUAUUAUGAGAAAUUUGUGUUGACCUAUCACAUAAAAUCUCACUGUAAUAAAUCAAGACCCUUUCUAAUGACAAAGGAAGUAUUAGCAUGUUGCCGAGGUCAGCGGUAAAUAAACUAAGAGAAAAGAAAUGACGUAUUUUAAUAAUCUGUAAAUAAAGAGUUAACUUUC